AUGGAAUUUCAAUAAUAACAAUUCGAUGUCGAAUUUGUUCACGGCAAACGAUAUCUCAAUAGCAUUGAAUACUAUAUUAAAUGGGUAGGCUAUUCCAAAGCAGAAUCCACUUGGGAACCAGAGACUGCCUUUGAAGGAAUUUCCAAUUAAUUGAUAACUAGAUUUGAAAGGUGCCAAAAUUAUAAAAAUUAUCAUACCAAAAUUUAUAAAGCAAAUAGCCACAUCAAAAUUAGAGUCCAUAUUAUGAACAAAGGAUGCUAAGUCUAUAAGAGAUACACAUCCGAAAACAAAUAUGCUCUAUUAGGUCAAACCAACAAAAAUGAACUGAAUGGAUAGAGUGUUAAAUUCAUAUAAGAGCCUAAUAAUAAUUACAAAAAUUACGAAAGUAACUCAAUUCAAUCACACUUUAUAGAUAGAAAUGAUGAUAAAGAAGAUUACGACUUCUAUAUGAGAAGAGGCAGAGGCAGACCAAGGAAAAGUGAAACUGAUAGAGAAUUCCUUUCUUAUAAAAAUGACUAUAAAAUAGAGGCACAAAAAUAUUAGCAGAAACAAUAUCCUAUGUAAACUACAGAAUGCAGCUUUAAGUAUGGCCAUUAUAAAACUGAAAAAGAGUUCAUUUAGGAGAUGCUUAUUGUUAUUAAAAAGAAAGAGUAAAAGAAAAGAAGAGACGAAGAAGUCAUUAUUUAUAAACCACAGGCUUCCUUACCUCCUGGUUAUAAAUGUCAAUACACAGAUUUACCAAAGUUUAAUCUUCUCAAUCAGAAAUAUUAUGAUAAAAAUUCCAAGUGCUAAGUAAGUGAUGGCAAAAUUCCACUAGAAUGCAUUGUUUCUCAUCAUCUUAUGCAAAACAAGCUACUUGUAUUUAAAUGCAGAGACAAUGAUGAAUAAGUUUGCUAUUUUGAUUUUGAUACUCUAAAAUCUUAUUAUCCUACCCUACUCCUUGAUUAUUUAUCCAUAUCCUCCAUCUGGAAAAAAUGA